AUGCCGCCGAAAUUCGUCAGUGAUGGCGUGCAUUUCAAACAUUCGUUUUGCUCCCUAAACUCCGGCAAGUUGGACGAGUUCUACAAGAUGGAGACCAAGAAGAAGCUGGGUGAGGGAUCUUACGGCUCAGUGUCUAAAGGCACCCACAAGUCCACAAAUGCCGUGCGGGCCAUCAAGGCCAUCGACCGCACGAAGAUCGCUGAUGGAGAGAGAUUUCAGACGGAGGUCGACAUCCAAUCAGCACUAGAUCACCCAAACAUCGUGAAACUCUAUGAGGUCUUCCUGGACGCCAAGAAGGUGUACCUUGUCAUGGAGCUCUGCACGGGCGGUGAGCUUUUUGAUCGGAUCCUCGAGGAGGCAGAGAAGCAUGAAGGCUCAGAUGCGGCCCGGGCCUUCGACGAGAGGGGUGCAGCAACCUACAUGCAACAGAUUUUGGGUGCCAUGAGCUACCUCCACAACAACAACUUCGUUCACCGCGACAUCAAGCCGGAGAACUUCCUCCUGCAGAACCGGGACGUCGACGCGCAGAUCAAGGUGAUUGACUUUGGCCUCGCCAAGCAGCACAAGGUGGGUUCCGGGGAGAAGAUGAAGACUAAGGCCGGCACCCCCUACUACGUGGCACCGCAGGUGCUGCAAGGCUGCUACGACGAGAAGUGUGAUGUGUGGAGUUGCGGAGUCAUCUGCUACAUUUUGCUGUGUGGUUAUCCACCUUUCUAUGGCGACUCGGAUCCCGACAUUCUCCGCAUGGUCAAGAAGGGUAACUUCACCUUUCCACCAGAGGACUGGGACGACGUGUCUGCUGAAGCCAAAGAGUGCAUCUCGCUGAUGCUCACCUUCAACGCGGACAAGCGACCUACCGCAGCCAAGAUGUUGGAGCAUCGCUGGCUCGACAAGAAUGCAGAGUUGCCCAAGGGCAAGGUGGCUAAGGACUUGUGCAAGCACCUCAGGAAGUUCAAUGAGGGCUCGCGCAUGAAGAAGGUGGCCCUGACCCUCAUCGCACAACAGCUCAAGGAUGAAGAUUUGGAACAGCUCCGCACAACAUUCCUGCUGCUCGACAAGAACAAGGAUGGGACUUUAACCAUCGAGGAGAUACAGAAUGGCAUCAAAGACAGUGCCAUUGAGAUUCCGGCGGACCUCAUCGAGAUCAUGAAGAAUUUAGACACGGAUGGCUCGGGCAACAUCGACUACACAGAGUUCAUUGCCGCCACGUUGAACCAGAAGCAGUACCUCAAACGAGACGUCCUUUGGUCGGCCUUCCGUGUCUUCGACAAGGACGGAGAUGGCACGAUCACGAAGCAAGAGCUCGGUUCUAUCCUCAAGGAGCAGGCUGACGGCGAGGUCAUCAUGAAUAUGGUCAAGGAGGUAGACCUCGACGGGGACGGCCAGAUCUCCUUCGAUGAGUUCGUCAAGAUGAUGGAGAAGGGAAGCGACAUCGUAGCCAAGUGA